AUGGCGGAGCCGCUGUGGCGAACGCCGCCGGGCCGGCUGGCCCCGCCGCACGUCUAUCGCAUGGCGGGGGCGCUGGGCGCCGAGCUGCGCCGCCUCUCCGCCCGCUUCGGGCCCGACGCCGUGUCCGGGCUGGUGCCGCCCGUGGUGCGGCUGCUGGAGCUGCUCGAGGCGCUGGUGGCCCCGGCGGGCGCGGAGGGGGAGGCGGCGGCGGCGGCGCCGCUCGGGCCGCAGGAGGCGGAGGACCCGGAGCAGAGGCUGUGGGAGGCUGAGCGCCGGGAGCGAGCCCUGCACGGCCGCCUGGCCUGCCUGGAGGAGCAGAACCGCCAGCUCCUGGGGCAGCUUGCCGAGAGCCAGUCCCAGGAAGACAGCACAGCACGGAAGGAGCGGGAGGUGAUGCUGCGGCUGAAGGAGGUGGUGGACAGGCAGAGGGAUGAGCUGCGUGCCCAGGCCCACGAGAUCGUCUGCAAGAGCCGGGACACGGAGGCGCUGCAGGAACAGCUCCAUCGCUUCAUGGCCAUGAACGAGGAGCUGAGGCACAAGGUGGCCGUGGUGCAGGCCCAGCUCAAGAGUGCUCUGGAGCACAAGUCAGACCUGGAGGCUGCCAUGCUGCAAAGCCAGAGGGAAACGAGCAGGAGGAGCAGGACAGGCCUGGAGAGCCGGCGGCCAGAGCCUGGGGUGGUGAGUCUGAGCUGUUGGGCACCACCAGCACUGACCCUGCAUUCCCAGCCUGCUGUGGGGCUUUUGGCACACCCAGACGAGAGAGCUUCGUCACCCUCAGAGGAGCAGGAGCGCCAGGAUGGGGAGAGGAGCCCUGCUCACUGCUGCUUCUCCAAGGAAGAGCUGCAGCAGAUCCUGCAAGAGAGGAAUGAGCUCAAGACCAACCUGUUCUUGGUACAGGAGGAGCUGGCCUAUUACCAGAGGGAGCUGCUGAACGAGGAGAGAAUUCCCAGCUUCUUCUUGGACGCAAUGAAGUCAAAUAUCAAAAAACAGAGGAAAAAAAUCAGAGCCAAAAUGCUGGGAACAACAGAGGAGUCAGCGAGCAGUGAAGAAGAGGAGGGCUCCUGGCUCCCAGGUCAUGGCACAGACUGUGUGGAUGCUCAGCCUCCAGAAUCCAAAAUUAGGAGCUUUUUUGGGUUGUGGUAUCAGGGCAGCAGCAAAGAUCCCCCCACAUCCAGCUGCUCUGGAACCUGGGAAAUCAUCGACUCACUGGACACCCAGGUGGAGCCAGAGGGAGAGAGCAAGGCAGGGUCCAGCUCCCCUGACAGAGCCGUGGCACCACUCUGACCCCACAGGAACAGGAGCAGGAUCUGUCCUCACAGCAGAAUUUCCUGGAUCCUCUUCUUCCAGUGGCUUCAAGAGCAGCACAACAGCCCUGGCACUUUCCCAUGCUGAGGUGGUGACAAAGCCACAGCGUGGGCAGGUUCCUGCAAACCCACUGGGACACUUGGAUGUGGGCUGCCAGCCUGGCAUGGGACAGUUCAGCACCUCUGGGCAUCUCUGCCCACCAGCCACCCUUUCACUGUGCCCACAGAGGGGCCUUCAGAGCUGUGCCCCCUCCCCACUGCUCCCUGCUUGCAGCUCAGCAUGGUGGGGCUCUGCACCCUCUUCCUGCUCCACACCCCAAAAGGGAUUUUCCCAUCCCCUGGUGGCUCUUAGCAAACCCCUCUGCUCACAGCCCAGGAUUCCACUGCCUCGUCCCGCUCUGUGGGGAUGUUUUACCUCACCCUUUUCUGUCUGUCCCUCCCCAAUCCCUGCAAUGUGAAGGUCCAGUUGGGGUCACCACACGGCUGGGAGGGGCUGGGCACACUGCACUGGGUGUCCGGGUGCUCCCGUGGCUGGGAGCCAUCAGGAUCAGCACCACCGGGGCCACUCCUGCACUUUUCAGGCAUGGGGUGAAUCAGUUUUGUACUGGGACCUCUUCCUGCCACCUCUGGGACCUGGCAGACUGGAACAAUCCUUGUGUUCAUGGGGGCGAGUUGGUCCCCUCAGAUCAGGUACUUUCUACCUUUAAUUUGGAAAUAAAUCAAUCUCUUGUUUCUCCUCUGA